UUGUUUGUUUUUUAAGUUUUUUGUGUGGUUUAUGCUUGCAGGGCCCAGACCUGGCUGUCUGGAAGUCCAUGUACGAUGAGGUGCCGGAGUCUCUGACGGCUACUGAAAAGAAGAACUGGAUCAGCUCCCUGCAGGCCGUCGCCGUCAGCUCGGACGCCUUCUUUCCCUUCAGAGACAACAUAGAUCGAGCCAAACGGAGCGGUGUGGAGUUCAUCGCAGCUCCUGCGGGCUCUGCUGCUGAUGAGGUUGUGAUUAACGCCUGCAAUGAGCUGGGCAUCACUCUGGUGCACACCAGCCUGCGACUCUUCCAUCACUGAGCAUUACCAACGUUUCUGAUACUGAGACAUUCCUACUGUUACUGUUGUAGAAGUGUAGAAAUCACUACUAGUUUUUUUUUGUAACACUAGCUGCGUUCUAAUAUGAGUGAGCAAUAAAGUAGCUGUGAAUGUAGAAUGUAGGUAAUUCAAAUAAAUUGCUGAGUAGUAUUGUUUUUA